AUGUCUGCGAUUCGAGUCUUACCAGCAGUGCAUCUAAUCCGGAUGAUCUACACCGCGCUCAUCCUAGUGAAGCUUCACUUUGCGGCCAUCACAUCGUCUAACGCAGAUGCUCAACCACAAAUAGACCGGCUUCAAGUCUCCAAGCCUUUGGCUUGUAUCAUACAAAUGUUCGCAGGGUGGGGACCACUAUGGCCUGCUACCAAGCUGAUGGCAGUCUUCCGUAGGAUUCGGUCCUGGUUUGAAGAUGACGAUAUGAUGAAGCGGGAUGGCUCAUGGCUGAAUGUGUGGAGACUUGGUCCUCCGUCUCUAAGUCCGCAGGAUACCCAGUCCAGCACCGACUUGCUUGGGCCUGAUGAUGGGGCAUUUCUCUCUCCUCGCUCGCAAGAUCCGUCCUGGAUGGGAUCUGUGGACCCUAGCAUCCUGGAUACCAUUCCCUUGUCCCUCAAUCCUCCACUGGAACUCAGUAAUAGUGGGUUUACUCCUACAACAAGUGACUGCAUGAUUUCGAACAUGAUAGACACAAGGGACACCGAUGCUACCUUCAACAUGGACCUAGAGUUGGAACAACUCCCAACCAUAUACUUCGACUCACACAGUCCACAGCUACCAUUAUCCCAUGGCUCAAAUGCCGGCAUUUACGAAAGUUCCAGGGCUGAAAAUACACGGACAAACGACUAA